UACGGUCCUUAGGGACACCACCUUGUAUGCCGGUUGCAAGCCGCGUCUUGCAACACCAGUACAGCACACCACCCCACCAGUUGCAGGCACCGAGCGCCGUCCUUUACGGUCGGACAUUGGAUUGACUGCCAUCAACGAAGCAACACUUUCGAUAUUCGAUCCCACCCUUCGCGAGGACGGCUUCUCCGUCCUGUAGGGCGGCAAAACAUCGCAUCUCUGUCAGCUGUCCGACGCGCUCACCAGUUCAUGUCUAGAGGUAGUUGACCGCCCGGCUGUCUACUACAAUGGAGAACCACAUACCUCGCGAUCAUGCGACCUCGAAUGUGCUGGCAUGGACCGCUACACACUCCGCCAAUGUGGAGCCAUCGGUGGAGGAGGACGCAGGUGCCGAUGGCGACGAACCGCCGGAUCAUUUAGCGCCCUUGGCGCCUCACUCGGCGCAGUUCAAACGCACUCCUGUCCGCCGCGGCAGCGAGCAGCACGAGUCUCUGUUGACCAAAGCUCUGCAGAGCCACUCGGAUGAGGAUGCCAACGAGUGGGGAUCCUUGCGCCAGCCCCGUCGACGACGGUCCGUCACGAGCAACACCAGCUGCGCUUCGACUGCCGAUCUCACCUGCGGCACGGGCAUCACGACUCCUGCCCGCACAAGCUCACCGAGCCCGCGACUGCCAGACUCUUCGUUUGCCCCUCUUGCUCCGGCCCGGUCUGGCGAUGCGCAGCAGCGCAAGGACCCGGCUGUACGUGCUCUCGAGAAGAAGCGCUGCAUUUCCUUUGCCUGCGCUGCCAGGCCAAAACCUGAUGAGGGAGCGGCGAUGCCUCCGCCUUCCAGACCAGCCCGGGACGAGGCGAAAGCCGCAGAGGCGCCGAAGAAGACGUGCAUCAAGUUUGCUUGUCCCCAGCCCCCGAGGGCAGCGGAUGUACAGCCUCGAGAGGAGCGGCCGGCGACUCCGGUGCCGAUAGCGACGCCUAGCACUCCUAAGGGUUCGUCGAACCUUGAGAACCCGCGCUCCUCGUCAACAGUCCGCGCUUUCCGAUCCCCGACGCUUCGCAAGACCCCGGGAAGUCCUGUUGCCACCCGCAACAACAAGAAGUGGCUCACGGCCGACUCCAGGGAUCUGGAGAGUGAGAGCGCACGGUUCCACGAGUUUGCCAGCGAUGAACCGCAGGAGGACGAUUGGAUCCGCCGAGAUGACUCGUCCAUGAAGCCGAAGCUUACCAUCGACGACACUCUCACGAAGGAAAACGCCAUCCGAAAGCUGGGCAAGGAAGCCGAAGAGGAGGCGGAGCUGGAGGAAGAGAUUGACGAGGAGCAAGAUGAAGAGGUGGACGAGGCGGACCUCAUCGACGACGAGGAUGCCGGGGACGACUUUCAAGAGGAAGAUGCUGAGGAUGGAGACGAGGACGACGUCGAUGUCGACGACGAGGAACCCGAGGAGGGCUUGGAUGAUGAUGCCGAAACUGAGCACGCUUGGGAUGACGAGGCUUCUGACGGUUACAAGACGGACAACGAGACUGGCUUUGCCGAGUCUGAUGACGAGGACGACGAUCUGGUUCUGUGGACUACCCGUAUAGGCCGCUUCCAUACCCUCUCGGGUGCCGUCGCAAUGUCUCGGAGGCUGUCGCUGGUUGAGCACUCGGAUUCCUCAACGUCGUCCCAUGGGAAGACGGACCGUUCGCGCAAAAAGAAGCACAGCAAGGCGCGCGCCGUCCCUUUCCGGCCAAACACGCCCGAGUUGCCCGACAGCACAGAUUUCGUCUGUGGUACGCUGGACGAGGAUAAGCCUCUGGAGGAGGCUUACAUCUCGUGCGUUGAGGCCCGUAAACGGGUUCGGCAUCAGCCCACUCCCCAAGACAUUGACCCCAGCUUUCCCACUUCCGAGCCGGAAGACGAGGCCGAAGAGCUGUAUCGGAAGGGAUACGGGGACAGCGAGGACUAUGUCUGGCUUCACGGCGAACUCGAGGACAUUCACCACGAGCGGGAUCGCAAGGGCCGCAAGAAGGGAGCUGGACCGUCUCCGAAGAGAUGCCGUUCUCCGGCGCCGAAACGCCGCCCGUCACCGGCGCCCAAGGCGCGUGCUCGCUCUCCCCGAAAGCUCUUAGAUCAACGGUCUCCCCGGCGACGGUCUCCGGCGCCGCAACACACGACAUUUAAAUCCCCCGUCAUCUCACCGGCGCGUGAAGGGGAGGGCAUCGCUUUCAAAUCGCCGGCAUUUGGGCCUGGCCUGACGCACACCAAGUCCCUCCCCAGGGCGCCUGGCAUGUUCCCGCAUCUCAAGGGGCGCAGGGCGAGAGCGGGCACCACCACCAGGCAGACGCAUGUUCGCGGCGCUAUCGACAUUGUCAUGGGUCUCGAGCAGAAGCGGCAGCGGCGCAAGGAGAAGUUCUACCAGAAGUACUGCGCGCGGAAGGACAAGGCGCAGACCAAACGGCCGCCGCCCGGGCAGGGGGCCGAACGCAUGAGGGAGCUGGGCCUGUUCAUGGCGGGAAAAGCGGGAGGACAUGGUCAUUAUGUACUUUCCGUUUGAGACGGUGGGCGGCUUCUCUGAUUGGCAUUCGCACGGCGGGCAAUACCCCAGGGCUACUAUACAACUGGUGGGUUAUGGGUGGCACUUAUGAAUUUAUGAGCCUGGACGGUCAGACACUUUGU